GUUCCUCCAGUCAAUAAUUCAUAUGAUACAAGCCUGUUCACGGUGGAUUCAGGGAGGAGACUGCAACAACACGGGCUGGAGCUGAUCAUUUUACCACGAGACAGAGGGACACGCAACACCACCACCACGAUGAGAAGGCAUUUCGGCCCUCCAGGAGCCUCCAUGAUCACAGAGUACCAGGCCAGCUUCCUCCCUCCCAGCUGUUACAAAUCAGUAAUCUCAUCCUUCACACAGAAGAACCCUUACCAUCCACUGAAGGGGGCGAAUGCCGAUAUCUCCACUUUUCGAGCAUUCUAUUUCACCCCAAAUCGGAUAAAACCCCCAUCAAAGCCCCCAGGGCCACGUGAAGACCACAUCAGCACCCGGACUCCUGCUGUAACCAACACGGAUUACACUACUGUGUACAGAAAUGAUUUCAGAGAUUGGAAAGCUGAAAAGUGUCAGUCGUUGAAGCAGAAAAGCAUUUUAAAAGUCAACCACGGAUUCAAAGAAGACCCCAAAUAUGUAGCUGAAGACAAGGAAUCAGUCCCAAAAAACAGUGAGCAGAAACCUUUUGAAGGCACCAGCUGCUACAGGUUGGAUUACGUCCCUUAUCAAGUCCAACCCAGACAAAGUAGGUGGAUGCCAGCUAACCAGACCAACAAAGGGCUGCCUGCAGUGUCCUCAAGGCCCAAGCCAACUCAUCCCCAAAACCAAGAACUUCUCAAUGGACCCAGUGAAUUCUUUGAUCAAUUUGGUCACAAGGGACCAGCUCUCAAUCUUCAGUCCAAUCCAUCAGCAGAGCACAAGUUCCAGUCCACAACACAUGCAGACAUCACAGCACCCAAGUGUCCAGUCACCAAAUCGGUCCUGUUAUCGACACAAAACAGUGAGAAAACUUUGGAGCCCUUCCAGGUAAUGGUUAACAUGGAGAGCUGCAGUGCUUGGGAUGGACCGCGGCGUUUCACCCGCUCAUAGAGCCUGACUGUCUCACUGAAACCACAUUUUCAGCAUCCAACACAAGCCUGCCAAGACAAACCAGGUCUCUUAAAGCCUACAUCCCUGCAAGGCAUGCAAAACACCAGCAUCCUGCAAAGAAAGGUCAACUAAUUGCUUGGCUAGCAUGUACUUUUCAAGCUCUUUGGAUGGAGGACUGACUUGGUUUUUGCACAAUUCAAGGCUUUCUUAUUACCAAUACACUGCCACAAAUUACCUCAGGUACUUUCUACCUUUACAGCAAAUAAGCCAUAAAUGAUCGUGAGAUUAUGUAAUUGCAGCUAUUUUUACACCUGUUAGUAUCUCACUGACAUUCCCUAAACAUAAACAAGCUAUGACUUCUAUUCAGUGGAAAGCAGUUUGGACAGCUAACUGUGGGGCUUCAUUUAGUCAUCAGCUGUUUGCCAACUGCUUCAGUGUGCAACCCCCACCUGCUGGCUCAUUACCUUUAAUGUCAAGCUGGAAUAUAUACAAUAACAAAGAAAGUGGACACAAUUAC